AUGUUCACACGUAACAACAGACUCGAUUACCAACUGUUCUUUAACACUAGGGGAGCUUUUAGACCUGUUGGCUGGAACGGGCUGAUUGUGAUCCUAUGCUUCUUUGAUGUUUUGGUGAUCCUCGUGAAGAAAGAAUCUCUGUCUGUUAUGGGGCUUCUAUUGAUGGUAGCAGUACUUGCAACUGGCCGGUUCCUGUCAGGGCUGAAACUGCACAUAUGGAAUCCGCUACGCCGGGCCACAUCACUAUGGAGUCCCUUGGUUGCAAUCCUACUGACAGCUCCCCCUCUGUCAGAUCGUCCGUCGACCGGUUGGAUAGUGUUCACAGUACUACUUGUGCCAAUGCUAUUGGUAACAAUAAGCAGGCUACGGUUUACAAGAAUCAUCAAACUAGUGGACAGAACUCUUGGCAGCAAAAAAGUAUUUUGGCGUCGGGUUAUUAUAAACUUGUGCAUGAUUGCUGUGCUAGGGAUACAGAUGUACAUGCUACGCCAAGAUCCAUUCGUGGACUUUUUUGCAAUCAUGAUAGUCCAAGUGUGUGCUAUAGCGGUGGUGUCAUUUGGCAACUUCCAGAUUCCAGCAGCAGUGCUACGUAUCGUGCUAGCAAUCUUAAGCCUUCAGAAUAUACCUGAGUAUGCAGGUAACGAAAAGAACCUCAAAGCAUCUCUCAGAAUCUUUUAUGGGAUGGUGCUUGGACAAGGAAUCUUUUAUGCUGUGGCUUGUAUGCUCGAGUUCUUCUCAUUCAUCCCUCGGAGAUUCCUUCUCCAUCGUGGCGGGUUUGGAGGUUACUGGGGAGUGGAAUCUGUAAAUCUCUACUAUGCAUAUGCAUCGGAGAAAUGCAUGCAAGAGGGUGUGCUUGCUCCAAAGAAGAUCAGCCUGAGCAACUUUGCCAUGGAUUCUCUAAACUCCGAUUCACCCAAGAAUCAGCUCUACGGUAUUCGUCUGAUACACAACUUUCUGCAAUGGGAACCAACCAGAGCACAGCUCCUACCAAAACUCACCACUUCUACCAAUACCGUGGCCAGAAUAAUCAGGAUGUUGGAUUGGACAAGCCCAAAGGAUACAACUAUCAGAUUAUAUGCAGCGAAGGUCACUGCUGAACUUGCAAAGGACCUCCGUGUUGUCGCUUUCCCCGGUACGAUGCAGCUUGUAUCUGCACUUCUUAAUGCUGAUAGCAGACCCAAAAGAGGAAAUCCGCUUCUGGACACAGAUGAUGAACAAGAAGAACAAGAUCAAAUUCUGGAAGAUGGCCAAGAGCAAGAACAUCAUACAGUAAGGGUUGUAGCUGAUAACCAAGGGCAAAGACGAGAACGACUUGAAGACACCGAUAACCUGCUUGAGGAAACACAAACUCGCUCGACCCAACAAGCUUGCAACGACAAGCCGAAUUCUUACAUACUCAGAUGCUGGCAGUGGAUUUUAGAAUUACGUUCGGUCCCCAAGGAGCAGCUAUCGACAGACCAUGAUCUUCUCCCUGCACUGGCCAUGUCAAUUAUUGAAAGUCUUGCUGGUUGUGAUCAGGAAAACUGUGUGGAAAUCAGCAAUGCAGCUAACCUCAUCCCGAAGAUCAUAGGAUUCACAAGAUUCAGACAUGCCAUGAACACUGUCGAUACCGAAACACAACAAAAGUUUCUGCUUAAGUCAUCACUGGCAGUGCUGCAAAGACUCACAAGCAUUGGCGGGGAAAUCGGCAUAACACUGCGGUACAAGAUAUCAAAACAUCCCUUCCUAUUGAGAAACCUUGCAGAAACCUUAGAAUGCAACAGGAGCAGCCAGGAAUUGAGAAAGUUGGUGGCAGGAAUCCUCAGGAACAUUGCCAUUGAUGGGAACACAAGGCAGGACAUUGGUCGCAUUCAACUGAUCAUCAGCAGGCUGAUGCAGAUAUUUCUCAAUGGAGAAGGAACCAUGAGUACCAAUGCUGAUCACUUAUCACGGAAGGUCACCGGGCAAGCACUGGCAAUGCUCACAACAGAAAGUGUCCAAAAUUGCUUGAUUGUGUUGAAGGAACCAGAGUUCAUUAAGAAACUCAAACCUAUGAUGUUGAUCCAUGGUGACAAGUACAUAUAUGUGGCAGCAAGCCUGUUGCGCAACCUGUGCCUACACGCUCAACCCGAGCUCAGAGAGCCGGACCUGAAGGAACUAUCUCAUACCUUGAGAGAGGUGUUGGAAAAAAUAAUUGACGUGGAAGGGGCAGAACUAGAGAUCCUCAUUGGCCUUAGUUCACAGAUUUGUAAAAUCAUCCCUGAAGAUUUUACCCAGGAACUAGAGGGCGGUCAGAUUAAGCAGAGAUUCGUGAAGAGGCUCAUUGUUGCGUUGAAUGCAAACAUGGAACCUACCGCUCAUUGUCCUGGGAUAAGAAGGGUGAUACUUGAGCAAGUCAUUAACAUGGUGGAGUGCAAUUAUCACUAUGCAGACUAUUUCAACGAAUUCAGGAUGACGGAAGCCCUAUCAGUGGUAGAACAAACACUGUCAAAGGCUGAGGACUACAAACUCUUCUUGGGUGAUGCAGGUUUCAUGGAGUACAGCACCCCUAUCUCCGCUCUUGUGGCAAGAGCAAAAGAGCUUAUGUAUCGUGACUGA